UUUGCCCCGCAAUAGAAAGGAGAGAGAGAGAAGGCUGCGCCGGUGAAGGACAGGGGGGCGAGAGAGCGAGGGAGCGGACGAGAAAGAGAUAGAGAACCGUGUUGGCCCUCGAGAAUAGUCACGUGACACCGGUUGAAAAUGUCGACCGAAAAUCAAAACGGUUCCGCCGGCACGCAGAGCAACGGGAUAAAGGCGUCGAUCGGCGUGACGUCGACGACGAGGACCGUGGCGAACAAUUCCUCGUUCCUGUACAGCAACAACUCGAUGCUGAACCGUGAUAAGCCGCGACAAGUGCCGCCGCCGACGUUGCCGAAAUAUACGUCCAGCUUCAACGCCGGUUCCAAUGGCAGCGGCACGACUGAACGAUUGAACAGAGAUCGUGACGUCGGCGGUAGUUACAGGCUGACGAGCCUCGACAGGCUUGCCCUCAGGCAAAGGAUACUAGACGGGGAAAAGGCGAACGGCGACACCACGUCGAUAUCGACGAAGCGUGAGCUGUUCUUCAAAGGGGACAACGCCGGACUAAUAUCGUCGCCGUCCGUGCCGUCGGUGCCGCCGCCCCAGCCGCCGUCGCAGGCACCGUCGUCGGUGAGCACCUCGUCGACGACCACCACCACGACCACAACCCUCGCAUCCCCUAACACCGCUCCGCCGGUCGCCUCGUCGGUCUACACGAGCGUAACAUCGUCCGCGGCACCGAUCACCAAGCCCAGGCUACCUCCGUCCACGGUGAUCCUCAACCAGAACGAUGCCACCGAGAUCGACAGCAACAAACGGGACUCGAACAGGACCAGCAACGACACGAACAAGGAGGCCUCGGUGCUACAUCAUCCGCGGCCGACCCCGCCGACCAAGCCCAAAGAGCUCGACGGCUACGUGGGCUUCGCGAACCUGCCGAAUCAGGUCUACAGAAAGGCGGUUAAGAAGGGUUUCGAUUUCACCCUGAUGGUAGUAGGGGAGUCAGGACUAGGUAAAUCAACUUUGAUCAAUUCAAUGUUCCUCGCCGAUAUAUACAGCGCAGAGUACCCGGGUCCCAGCCUUAGGAUUAAGAAGACUGUAGCCGUAGAGACUAGCAAAGUGUUGCUGAAGGAGAACGGUGUGAACCUCACAUUGACUGUUGUCGACACACCGGGUUUCGGCGAUGCGGUUGACAACAGUAAUUGUUGGGUGCCAGUGAUCGAGUACAUUGAGUCAAAGUAUGAGGAGUUCCUGAAUGCCGAGUCGCGGGUAGUCAGAAGACAGAUACCGGACAGUCGUGUCCAUUGUUGUUUGUACUUCGUUGCACCCUCGGGUCACGGUUUGAAGCCAUUGGACGUUGAAUUCAUGCAGCGUCUUCACGACAAAGUUAAUAUUAUACCUGUCAUUGCGAAAGCAGACACCAUGACACCCGACGAAUGUGCUCACUUCAAGAAACAGAUUUUGAAUGAGAUAGCGCAGCACAAGAUCAAGAUCUACGAGUUCCCCGAAGUAGAGGAAGAGGAGGAGAGUAAACUGCACAAAGUUCUUAGAGAUAGAGUGCCAUUCGCAGUGGUGGGAGCGAAUACCGUCGUUGAACAGGACGGUAGGAAAGUUCGCGGAAGAAAGUAUCCUUGGGGAGUCGCAGAAGUGGAGAAUUUGGAGCACUGCGAUUUCAUCGCUCUCCGAAAUAUGGUAAUCAGAACGCAUUUGCAAGAUUUGAAAGACGUAACGAACAACGUGCACUACGAGAACUUCCGGUGUCGCACAUUGGCGGGCGUCGGAGUGGAUGGAAAGCCGACGAAAGUCUCAAAUAGUUUGUGCCCCCCAGGAGUGAUGAACAGUUUCAUGACAGUGUGGAACCCUCUGGCACAAUUAGAGGAGGAAAAGAGAGACUAUGAGAAUAAGAUGAAGAAGAUGGAGAUCGACAUGGAACAAGUGUUCGAAAUGAAAGUCAAAGAAAAGAAACAGAAGCUGAAAGAUUCGGAAGCAGAUUUGCAAAGAAGGCACGAGCAGAUGAGACGCUCUUUAGAACAGCAGGUCCGUGAACUGGAAGAGAAAAGGCGAGCAUUCGAAGCUGAAAAGCUAGCAUGGGAGCAAGAAACUGGUCGGAGUAUCGAGGAACUACGUAGACGCAGUUUGGAGGCCAAUUCAAAAGAGGCCGUCGAUGGUAAGGAUAAGAAGAACAAGAAGAAAGGACUCUUCUAACUCGACUCUGGAAAGGCAACGUGCGAAGAGCGAGCUUUUCUCGGUGUAAUCAAGCAGCGAAUUUUUUUACAGCUGAUCAUAUAGAAAUAAACAUGACUCGCUAUAAGAUAAGUUGAUGGAUUUGUUGAUCGUUUUCUGAACUAUCAGUCUGUCGUAUCGAGAUCUUUCACUGCGUCGUUCGGUUACAGUGGCGGGUCACAGAGAGAAGUUCAGGAUACUCUAAAAGAGCUUCGUAAUUUUACAGUUGCAUUUUACAUUGCAUUUCUUUUUUGUUUUUUUUUAUAUAUAUAAAUAAUUACUUUUUUUGUAUGAUCUCGUAUUGGUGUAGGAAUAAAGGUAAUUAUUAGAAUCAACGAAUGCACACGAACGAAGGAGACAGUCGACGCGUGUUCAUUAUUUUAUUGUAUUAUUUACGUGCCAUGUCAACAUAGUCGUACGAACGAAAAGAUAUUUACGCUGUACAGAACGACUGGAAUCGUUAAUACUCGUGGACACGAAUGUCAAUUUGAAGCAUCUCCUUUGACCGCCAUUGUAUGCCAAUCAGUGCUACUUAAAAUUAUAGAUGAUGGAGCGUGGUUCAGAAGAUUCGUUAACAAAUGAAAGGGUGAAUGUGUGUUGCUUAAAAACACAGACACAGAGUCGACGCGUAUACUGUGUAUAUCGCUCCCACGUUUGUACCGCUUUCUCGUUUCUCCACGCGUAACCGUACGGGUUAUGCUUUCAGGAGCGAGGUGUGAAAGAGUGUUUCUUCUAUCGUGUUCGCCUGUGCUUCUUCGCGCUUCCUACUAUUACUACUCAAGAAAUCACACUAGCAUAAUUCGAAUUAUGAUACUGUACAAAAUGUAGACAUAACUUCUGUGAACGUGAUUUUUGUUUAACAAGAGCGAUCAAGGUACGAAUACGUAAAGCCGGGAAAAGAAAUUCAAUACUCUACGAGUCAUCUUCUUUUAGAAAAUUCUAUACAUCUCGUGUUUAUCAUUGUAUUGAACAUUCGGCGGAAGGUAUUAACGGAUCAAUGCGCUCUGGAAACUGAUUAUUAAUGUUUCAAAUAGGAUAGCAAAAUAUUACAAACAGUUUUGUAUUGUCCGAUGGAAAAAGGUGACGAUUGGAGUCGUCUGCAACUUUCUAGAAUUCUUAUCGAUAGUCGAACGCUUUCUCCGGUGACUGUUUGAACGUUUCAUUUUAAACUUGGUGCGCAAAGUUUCAGUUUGUUUCUUUCGUCAUCGAUGAAAUCAUAUUUUACGUUGACAGAAAAUCAAGUUACCUUCUGCCAGGGUUGCCAUGCAAAUUCUCUAUGGUAAAUGUAUCAACGACGGUGAAGCCAAUUCGAUGGGACAGUGUGUUGAUCGCUCUUUGUAUAAUCGUGUGUACCAUACAUAAUCAGAGUAACAAGUCCAGGUGAUCGUGAAUUCGUGUGUCUUCGCCGAAAUCGUUUCACCGUGGAACCUUACCGCAUGGUCUGGACACUCGAGGACAAAGACGUGCGAUAUAUCGUCGACCUAAAUGUAGGUGUGCAAAAAGUCUCUAUGUCUAGGUAUAGAAUAAACGAAUCGCAUCGAUGUUUAAAUAUCAUUUUCGUAUCGUUUAAGGUAAUUAGAGAGAGAGGUCGGUUAAAUGUAAUACUUGUCUUAAGGAACAACAAAUUGUACAAAGAAUUCUUUCGCCACUGAUCGCAAAUCUUCCAUACUCGGUACGCAUCUUGUAACGACUGCGAUGGAUCUAUUGUCGAACUAAGCGACGUCAGGAGUACUUCGAAGUGUACCAUCCCCGGCAAAAAGUACUUCGUCACAUAAUCAAAGCAUUUGUUAGAGAAAUUAUUGUUACGUUGAGCGCGAAAAGUGUUUUCAGCAACGGUAACGAACAGACUGCGGAUUUUAUGCACUUAUAGCAUGCGCAAACAUAUACAAUACAUGAUGAAAUAAAACGAUUUUACUGAAAUUCCAAAUAGUUUUUAUAUUACUGACAUAAUAACGACACCCACGGUAGCGAAGUAAACUUCUAGUCAUCCCAAUUUUCAUGAAUCGGUUCUUGCAUAUUUGUAUUCGCGCGGCGAAUCCGCAGUCUGCCUAAUGGGAACAGAAUCGACUCCCCGUUUUUUAUGUGAACAAAGUAUUAACGCAACAUUGAACAUCUUUAGUUAUUUAUAAAAUACAAGAUAACUAUUGGUGAACCACCUUCACUGAUCACGCGGAACAAUUUUAAUUCAGCACAUUUCGCGAAGAAAAUGGAGCUCGCGAUCGAGUAUUACGCCCAUUUUCUUUUCGUUCAACGACAAGCUCGUCGUCCCGCGACGGAAGGUUGAAUGUAAUUAUAAAAUAAACGCAGUGGCCAUAUAUAUAUACAUAUUAUACAUAUAUACAUAUAUAUACAUAUAAAUAUAUAUUUAUGUAUAAAUGAAUCGAGGGAAAUCUUAAG